AUGUGGUCACUGAUGACGUCGUGAUGGGUUUUGUUGUAGCACGCCCUUCUAACCGAACAGGUCCUUUCCUCCUUCCAGAGAUGGACUUCCUAGAACAAGGAGAAAACUCGUGGCCAUCACCAGCUGUGACCACCAGCCCAGAAAGAACCCAUGCAACACGGGGCGUCAAGGCUUCCAGAUGGACAAGGCAGGGGGCUGUGGAGGAAGUGGAGCCACCCGGAUUGGAAGAAGGUGAGGGUGCCCAGGCCAGACCAGCUGCUGAGUCCGCCAGGCAGGAGGCCACAUUCCCCGAGGCCACACCCUUGGCUCCAGCAGUUCCCUUGGCUGGAGUGGAGACCUCCCCCAGCGGGUGGGACCUCCUCUUGCCCGACUGUGCAGCCUCAGCAGUGGGUUCCAGCACAGGUGACCUGGAGCUGGCCAUCGAGUUCCCAGACCCGGAGGCCUGGGACGGUGAGCUCCAAGGCCUGGGGGAGGACAGGCCUCGGCCUUGCCCAUCCCCACGGGCCCCACUUCUCAGCUUGAGUUGGGAUGAUGAGUUGCAGAAGCCUGGGGCCCAGGUCUACAUGCACUUCAUGCAGGAACAUACCUGCUAUGAUGCCAUGGCCACCAGCUCCAAACUGGUCAUCUUUGACACUACGCUGGAGAUUAAGAAGGCUUUCUUUGCCAUGGUGGCCAACGGUGUGAGGGCAGCCCCUCUGUGGGACAGCAAGAAGCAGAGCUUUGUGGGCAUGCUCACCAUCACAGACUUCAUCCUGGUGUUGCAUCGCUACUACAGAUCCCCCCUGGUCCAGAUCUACGAGAUUGAAGAACAUAAGAUUGAGACCUGGAGGGAGAUCUACCUACAAGGCUGCUUCAAGCCUCUCGUCUCCAUCUCUCCCAAUGACAGUCUGUUUGAAGCUGUCUAUGCCCUCAUCAAGAACCGAAUCCACCGCCUGCCGGUCCUGGACCCGGUCUCCGGCACUGUGCUCUACAUCCUCACACACAAGCGGCUACUCAAAUUCCUGCACAUAUUUGGUGCCCUGUUACCACGGCCCUCCUUCCUCUGCCGCACUAUCCAAGAUUUGGGCAUCGGCACAUUCCGAGAUUUGGCUGUCGUUCUGGAAACAGCUCCUAUCCUGACCGCGCUGGACAUCUUUGUGGACCGGCGUGUAUCUGCGCUGCCUGUGGUCAAUGAAUCUGGUCAGGUCGUGGGCCUCUACUCCCGCUUUGAUGUCAUUCACCUGGCUGCCCAGCAAACCUACAACCACCUAGACAUGAGUGUAGGAGAAGCUUUGAGACAGAGGACACUGUGUCUGGAGGGGGUUCUCUCCUGCCAGCCCCACGAGAGCCUCGGCGAAGUCAUUGACAGGAUCGCACGCGAACAGGUGCACAGGCUGGUGUUGGUGGAUGAGACCCAGCAUCUUCUGGGCGUGGUCUCCCUCUCUGACAUACUUCAAGCGCUGGUACUCAGCCCUGCUGGCAUCGAUGCCCUCAGUGCCUGAGAGUGCCUGAGUCCUCACUCCCAAGCCAUCUCCCUCACCUGAAAACCAAUGGAAGGAUCUAGGGGGACUUGGUCUUCAUCUUCUUCCACCCCCGUUUGCUGGCUCUGCUCUGGUACAGGUAGGCUCUGCCAUGAGCUGUAGGGUAGUCCCUUAGUAUUUCUGAGCUCCUAGAUCUAGUUAGGGUACCCUGAGCAUGGCAGUGGUGCCAGUCAUAAUUGAGAAGCCCCAUAGGAACUGUCAACAAAGGCUUUACAGACUGCUACGUCAUCCCAAUUCCAGCUGAGGUUGUGGAGGU